UCCGGCUACAUAGGUUAGUUACCAUGCCAACGUAGACAGACUCUAAUUCAUCUAUUGAGACGCUGACAUUUUUUUGACCAUUUAUUCGUUUAUUGUGCAGUUUUUGUUAAAGCAAGAUACUUUGUGACUAUUUACUUCAAAUAAACUGCCAGCAGGAUGUUUGGUUGUGAGGAACGACGUUCCAAAAACAAACGUGUGCAGAGGGCGAGAGACAGAAUCAAGAAAGAUGGCGAGAUGACUAACCGCAUUGCAGAGCUGGACAGUAUCUGUGGUGUGAUGCAAAAGGCUGAGUUUGAGGGCUCCACACAGGCUGGUUCCAUGAAGACCCUGAAGCUGAGAGAGCUGAUCCAGCAGAGAGAGACUGAGCUGGGAAAGGCUGCUCUGACGAUGGUCCGUAGAGCAGCACUGCAGGCCCUCCUGGAGCAUGAGAGACAGCAGUACGUCAUAGAGCUCAACAGACUGGGCAAGACCAUCUACAAACAGAGAGUCUAGACUCUAGUCUCCACUAGACCCAUAACAACACCAACGACCAUCUAAAGUUUAUGCUGAAAGCCAUCUAGCAGCUAGGAUGUGUGAACAACUAUAGAAUACUUUGAAGUAUUAAUAUGAAAACAUUUACUCACAGCCAUCUACAAGCACCUUGUUUACAAUCAGACCUUUUUUUAUUCAUGUAAAUACAACGACGUAAAACUGUAAUCCUAAAGAUAAAACACAUAUUGUGUAUUUUAUCUGUAGGAUUACAGUUCUACGUCGUUGUAUUUGCAUAAAUAAAAAAAGGUCUGAUCAGAGUGGAUAAACUGCUUCUGUAAAAGUACACUUUUAAGCAAUAAACUAAUUACUGGGC